AUGCAGGAACCUGUCAUCCCGCCGGCUAUUCCUGCUCCGUCGUCGCCGCUGAAGCCACUGGAUAGAGCUCUAGAGAACCAGCGUGGCGAGACCAAUGUCUACAUUCGGGGACUUCUUCCAGAGACCACUGAUGAGAUGCUUCAAGUUUGGGGCUCUCGAUUUGGCGAUAUCAAGAGCUCAAAGUCGAUCAUCGACAUGCAGACCGGUCUUUGCAAAGGCUUUGGCUUUGUCAAAUAUCACAACUACGAAGAUGCCGAGAAUUGCAUCCGUGGCUUCCAUCAUCUUGGAUAUGAAGUCAGCUUCGCCAGGGAGUCGUUCUACUCCAAGCUUAAGACGUUCUCCGAUGAGAGUAACACUAAUCUUUACGUCUCGAACUUGUCAAAGACAAUGAACGAACACGAACUUGCUCAGCUCUUUCACCCACACAAGGUCUGUUCAUCUCGUAUCCUGCGUGACAAGAACGGUAAUGGCCGUGGUGUCGGCUUUGCUCGGUAA